AUGGUUUACGAUGCAGAGACUCCACGCUUGUGGCUAGAACGAGUUUCAGAGCAACAUCUCCAUGAUUUCCACCUGCUGUGGUCAUCGAAAGAAUCCAUGAUAUGGUCAAAACAUUUUCCCAUGGAAACGACCGAACAGUCGAGGACGUUCAUGCAAAAAUCACUAAUUUCAGUGAAUCCCAAAAUCGAUAAAUACGCCAUCUUGCUUCGCCCUGCUCCAGGUUCUGAAAUAAAAUCUGGAACUGAGAAUGGAGGCCAUUCGCCGAGAAUGAUUGGAUUACUUGGAACGGUUGGUGACGGCACCGAGAUGGUGUACACGUUGCAUUGUGAUUUCUGGGGAAAGGGGUACAUGACUGAAGCCUUGCGGGCUUUUGUGGGAAAACAUGGGAUUUUCUGGAGUUUAAAAGAGCGUUCUCAUGUCAAGUCGCUUGUUGCAAAGAUUGAUACUGAGAUUAUUGGAUCAAUGAAGACUAUUGCGAAAGUUGGGGCAAGGAAGGGGGAGUUGCUUGAGAAGGAGUACGCGCUGGCGAAGGAUAAAGGGUCAGAUGGAGAGGUUCCGAGGGAGAAGCUGAGAGAUUUGAUGUGCUGGUAUGUGGAACAGCCUUGA